GCACGCACUCUCCUCCAUUAGCUCUACGAAAAUCUAGAAAACCGGAUUCAGAAGGACAACCAAAAAGAAUAGAUGAAGAUUCUUCAACAGAAUCUCGCUCUUAACCAACCAGGAUCAGUCAAGAUCAUCCUGGAGGACGAAGACGAUCUAUGGCUUGCCUACAACCUUUUUGCCAAGGGUGACACAAUCGUUGCCGACACCACCAGGAAAGUUAGUCACAACAAAAACUCUGCCAAUGGCAAGAGGAAGGACUCAACUCGGGUCAAAACCAAACUCGAAAUCAGAAUCACGGACGUUGAUUAUGACAAAGACUCGUCGACAGUGCGCGUGCGGGGUAGGAACCUCGCAACCAAUGAACUCAUGGCGUCCGGUGCGUACCAUACCCUGGAGAUUGAGAGGAACAAAGAGAUUGAUCUUACAAAGAAACACUGGGACUCGGAUGCCAUUGACACUUUGCAUGAAGGUUCUGAAAAAUCAUCAGGAGCCGACCUAGCCGUGGUGCUCUUUCAACAAGGGUCGGCUCAAGUGUUUCUGAUUGGACACAAGGUCACAACCCUUGCAAAGGUUGAGGCUUUAAAAACCAACAAUAAGACCGCCUCAAACAAGUUGUUUGAACAGGCUUUUCAGGCUUUUGUAAAGCAUGUGCAUUUCAACACCGUUCGUUGUGUUGUGUUAGGUAGCCCGGAUUCUACAAAAGAAGAGUUUCGAGGUUAUUUGUUCCAGGAAGCACAAAGAUUGAAGAUGAAAUGGGUAGAAGAAAACAAGUCACGAUUUGUAAUGGUAAAUAUAGGGAACAAGAAUAGUUUGAAGGAGCUUUUGCAUGACAACGAAGUGAUGGGAUUGAUUAAAGAUACGAAAGCUGUGAUGGAAAUCAGGGCUUACAAGGAGUUUUCGGACUUGUUAUUGACUGAUUCGGAUCGUGCAUGUUAUGGGCCAAGGAGCGUGGAAACGGCACAGGAGAUGAUGGCCAUUGAGACCCUUUUGAUUACGGAUGAUUUGCUUAGGAAUAAAGAGAUUGCAUUGAGGAAAAAAUAUAUGGAGUUGGUGAAAUCUGUGAAGAAAGCAGGAGGGAAAGCGUUUCUGUUCUCGCCUAAGCAUGUUUCAGGAGAGCAGUUGGCGCAGCUGACCGGUAUUGCCGCCAUUCUAAGGUUCCCAUUGCCCGAACUAGAUGAACUUGUGCUUUGAUGGGAUUUAUUUACCAUAUUUUUCUUGUUUUAAUUAUUUCAUUCAGUUGGCAUUUUUUCUUUUUCUUUUGGGAAAUUUGAGAUUUCCUUUUUUGACCUGAGCUAAUGGCAAUACCUUAGGAACUCAAUAUUUAUUGAAUUUUUCAUAAGUUCAAUUCAUAAAUUAAUAUUAAACAAAUCAUUCUUAUUAUAAUGUCCGCUUCCUCAUGAAUUCUUAAAUUCUAGUUCUUUCAUGCCACUUAGUGC